AUGCCUCAUAACGCUUUACUUAAAAUAUUAGCUCAAAGCACGAUGGAAUCAGAAAUUGAUGUUACAACAUCCCUUGAUUGGAGAUCAAUUGAUUUGUCCGAGCAAGCCAAAAAACUCUUCCUGCAAAAAAAGAUAAAACGGGGCAAUAAUAGUUCGGCUGAAGAAGGCAAUCGUCCAAAACGUGUCGCGUUCACAGCUCCAUUUGUCCGUUACAGGGAUAUUGAAGAAAUUGAAUAUGGCGAAGUUGGAAUGAUAUACAACGAACGAAACACCGAACCACUCAACAAUUUAGCGAAAUCAGAAGAUGAAUAUGAUUAUGAUUCUCCUGAUGAUGAGAAUGAUUUAAGAAGCGAUUUAACAUUGGAUAAAGAAAGCAGAGUUCAGCGACGAGUAGUUUCAUGUGAUGAAGCAAUACGCGGCGAAAAGUAUGGUAGUCUGUACAUUACUCAUGAUAUUCCGGGAAUUCCAAAUCAAAAAUUUAAUAAAAACGAUUUGUCCACAUAUGGGUAUGAUGAUCGAGAUUGGAAUGUUCAGGCUAUUUACAUGACUCGUAUUGAGAAGCAGAGGCUGGUUUUGUAUGAAGGUUGGGCUGUCGAUACCGCUUCGAUUUUAAGCGAAAAAGAGCUGAAAGUGACGGCAAAGAGAAGACUUGCCGAAUGCAAUUAUCGUCAUAAAAUGUACGAUCUACUCAAGAAGAAAAUGAAUUUGACCGAUGCAGAACUUCCGACCGCGAUUCGGAUGUCAAUAGAGCCAUUGAAUAAAUUUUGGAUAUAUGAAGAUGUGACGUUCUUCCAUAAUUUGAAACAUCAACAAAAGAAUUGGGCACCAAUUUAUUAUGUCUACACGACACACUUGGAAAAAUGUUCAUUUCCUUCGUUUGAGUAUGUCGUCGACAACUAUUAUAAGAAUGUGAACAUCAGAAUGGAGGAUUAUCAUCAUAUCAAUUACGUGAAAAAGAUUUACACUUGGGAUGAGGAAAUGGAAAAAACCAUUCAAAUUCUCCGUAAACGUCUUGAAGCGAGAUGCCCUUCACUGAGAUGUCGAUGCGCCGAUUUUGCCACGAAGAUAUUUGACAAAGGAGUAGAAUGUGGGCUAACACUUCGAAGAUUAAACUAUGAUAAAAAUGGACGUCUGAAUUUGCAAGAUAUGAAUCGCGAAGGCACUUCUUUUGCGCUUGAAUGUGGAAUUCAAUGUGGAUGUCCGCCAGAUUGUCCGACGAAGGCGAUGCAGAGAGGUCAAAAGUAUCCGCUGUUCGUUGUGUAUGAGAAGAAUGUUGAAGGAUUUGGAGUCCGAGCUGGCCACGCAUUCAAAAAAGGCGAAUUUAUUACCGAAUAUACCGGAGAGGUUAUGAAAGUAUUUGAAGGAAAAAAUAUAUCUCAUGUUUCGUAUCAAAUGCGAACUAUAGGAAUAACUAAUGCAAUUAUUGAUGCCUCCACACGCGGAAGUGUUUCUCGUUUUGUCAAUCAUAGUUGCGAUCCGAACGCGGUUUUCAUUGAAGUUGCAGUUCCCGAAAGUGAUUCGGAUUUAAUCAAACCACGAGUUGGAAUUUAUGCCAUCAAAGAUAUUUCAGUUGGUGAAGAGAUUUCUACGUCAUAUUAUUCUGAAGACGAACUUGAAAAUGCUCAAAAUGGAAAGAAAAUUAAGUGCAACUGCAACACAUCAAAAUGCCUUGGAUGGCUGCCGAAUAAAUACUAA